AUGGUGAAUAGACGCAUCGCCAAGGGUCGCCGGCUGGCCCGCAAGAAGAGGCUGAAAACAGCAAAGAAGUCCUCGGUAGAUGGGUCUGCCGCUCGUGCGGGUGCUGGCAAGACAGCGGGGAAGCGAAAGACGGCUGCCACACGAGUGCGUGUUGUGAAUGGUGUCAGCAAGAAGCAGCAGCAUUGCUUUGGCGAGAUCGAGUCGCUGAAGCAGAAGAGUAAGCUUCUGAAGCAGCAGGCAGCGGAGCGGAUGGUGCUCAAGGAGCACUUGCGGGACCUCGAGGCCCGCAAGGAGCGCACUCGCCGCGGCGAGACUGCCAAGGCGGAGCGCCGAGAGCUUGCCAAGUACAUACGUCAGCUCAAGCACGAGCAGCAGGUCAAGCACGCCUCUGAGCUUUCGAACCUGGAGGUGGAACUGAAGCGCCUGAUCGGCGAGCGCGACAACGUGCGUGCGGCGCGCGCGGCAGCAGGCAUGAACGAGGACGACGCCGACUGGGAAGACGUUGGCGAUGCAGAUGACGACGACGUCAACGAAGACGAGCUACAGCGCAUGUUCGCGCAUCUGACAAUGUAG